AUGUCUUCGACCACCGAGAAGGACACGGCCGAAAAGCCUGCUGAGACCUGGCAUGUGGACGCCGUCCAGCCAGUGACUGAGACGGAGACGGAAACCAAUGCCUCGUCUAUCUCAGAUGAAGGCGCGGUCAAUGCGCUCCUGAUCCUCGCAUGCAUCGCGUUUGGAUCUGCCUCGUUUGUCUUUGGAUUCGACGACAAGGUCAUUUCGCCAUUGGCGGCCUUGACUGCAUUUGUAAGACCGCCUACACCAGCCCUUUCUAUUGACGAGCACUCACAAUCGCAGGUGCAAGACUUCCAGGGCCCCAAUCCCGUUGACGGCACGCUGGUCCUGACGGCACGCAAUCAGAACCUGGUCUUCUCUGUUCCCCUCGUCGGCUCCAUCGUCGGUGGCGUAGCAGCGUCUCCUCUGAACAACUUCCUUGGCCGCAAAUGGCCGCUUAUCGGUGCAUACGUCGUCUCCAUUGGUGGCGGGUUCCUGCAACUCUUCGCGAAGAACCUCGCUCAGUUUGUUAUCGGCCGGUUCCUCAACGCCAUUACUAUCGGUGUCGCCAAUGCAACCGCCCCGUUGUACCUUUCCGAGGUUGUACCCCCAUCCAUGCGCGGCCGCAGCGUGACCUCGAUCAAUAUUCUCUCUCUGCUAGCUGGCGUGAUCUCGACAAUCAUAGUCAACGAGACCAAAGAUCUGGACGGACACCUUCAGUACAUGAUCCCGCUUGCCAUCCAAUGCGCGCUUCCCGUCGUGAUCCUCGUGGCAACCGUCUUCCUCCCUGAAAGCCCGCAGUGGCUCGUUUCCAAAGGCCGCAUGGAAGAAGCACACCGUAAUCUGCGGAAGCUCCGCGGUUCCAAAAUGUCCGACGCCACCGUCGCUGAGGAACUCCGCGUCAUGCAACUCUGCGAGGAGAAUGAGCGCGCCCUCUCAGCCAACGUCCGGUUCUGGGAGAUCUUUAACCGCGAGAACCUCCAGCGUACUCUCACCGCAGGGUCCUUCUACUCCUUCAACCAGAUCUCCGGUAUCAUCCUCUCCACCACAUACACGACCGUCUUUCUCACCCAGCUCGGCGUCGGCGACGCAUUCACCUUCACCGUCAUUGCAUCCUGCUGUACGCUUGCUGGGACGCUGGCCGCGCCGCUCGUCAUCGACCGCUUUGGUCGCCGUCCAACAGCUUUUGUCGGCAUGUCCGUCCUCCUUCUCAUCGACAUCACAGCUGGCAGCCUCGCCUUUAACACCGGCUCCGAAUCCUUUGUGCUAGGAAUCGCCGCGCUUGGAUUCAUAUUCAACUUCUUUUGGGGUGCCGGCUUCUACUCGCUGUCUGCGUUGAUGCCGUCUGAGAUCGCGACACCGAAGCUCCGCAACCAUACCAUGGCGUAUACAAUCGCGUGCGCGCAGACCACGGCGGUGAUCACGACCUUUGCUGUGCCGCAGUUGACGUCGGCGGAUGCGGCGGGGCUGGGCGCGAAAACGUAUCUGGUGUUUGCCGGAUGUAUGGCUUUUGUGCUAGUUUUUGUGUACUUUUUUAUGCCUGAGACGAAGGGCCGGACAUUCGCGGAGGUGGAUGAGAUGUAUGACGCUGGAAUUCCGAUGUGGAAGUGGCGCAAUUAUAAGACUGCGACGGCGGCGAGGAUCGGUGGGAAAGAGGGUGCAUGA